AUGGGGAAGUCUACAUCACUGAAGGUUGUCUCAACGACUGCCAACAAGGCGGGCGGGUCCACACCCAAAUCGGUUUCUGUCGCCAAAAAGAGCGGAAAGAAAAGAUUGGAAAAUGCAUCUGCAGUUGAUUUACGUCAAUCUAAGGACAGGGAUCCUACUGUCAACAAUGAUUCGGAGAUUCGAGAGCUGAUCGCAUCUCUCCCACCACUGAUCGACUUUGGGUUAUCUACUCACGAAUUGAUUGCUAUCGGGUACAGCUAUAAUUCAACUAAGAUUUUGUUUGGCAACUCCAUUUUCAAUCAAUGGAUGGAAGAUCAUAAUGAUCGGUGGACCCAAGCGCUUCCAAGGUUUGACAGCCCGUUCAAGGACCUCUACGCUAAUUAUUCAGUUGAAGUAAGGGUUAACAUGCUAUUCGCUCAAUAUGCGAACGAUUGGCGACGGGUGUUGAAAUUCCUAAUUUCGCUUUUUGACAAUGACGCCUUGGGAAACGUGGAAAAAACUACAGAAUACACAUGGGGAGUGAGAGCAAUCGCAUUGCAAGUCGCCCAGCAGAUUCCAUUUUCCUUUUUUGAUGUUGGCCUUGUGAACGAUUCCAAAGUUCCACAAGAAGAUCUGUAUUUUUUGAGGGACGAUAGGACGAAUCCCGCUCUACGUAAUGAGACUCCCCUGGUGCAGUUUUGGUUGAUGUGCGCUUCCAUAUUUGAUCACCCAUGGACGAUGCUUUUUGACGAAUUUCUCGAGGAGUCCCCAAUCUCUUGCAUUCAAGAAAUAAAAUUGAAGGUGAUUGAGGGAUUUCCCAACGACGAAACUAAUAAGGUGGAUAUUCACAAGGGGGUCAAAAAGAUAUUUGAUCCUGACUACGAAGAUUCUGAGGAGGAAGAUGAUCCGAUGGGCGACGAGGACACUGGCCUUGUCAAUAAGUUCGGCCAGCCCGAUGGAUGGGACUCAGACGAGACAGUUGACGACUCCAACGACCGAAGGAACGACAUGGAAAUAGACGGUGAACUUGCUUCUGGUGACGAUCGCACCCAUGACGACGACGACGACAAGGGCGAGGUGGAGGAGGAUGACGAGGAUACUGACGAAUCGACCAAGGAUUCUGUCAUUCUUGUGGAAAGUACUUACGAUCUUACGGAUACUGCAAACGACGAAGACAACAACAACAUGGGCCUGAAUACGGAUGAGGCAGUUUCCGAACUGACCGGUGUUACUGGUGAAGACAAGGACCCUGAAUUGGCAUCUCCGCCGAGGAA